AUGGAGGAGGUCGAGUAUCCACUGAAGUACGAUUGCAUUGUCGAGAACAUCUAUUUGUCUCAGUGGAACCUGCAAACCCUGGCCUAUUUAUGCACAAUCCACCAUGUUUGUGGUCAACGCAACAAUAAAAAAGAAGUGGUCAUUGGAAAUGAGCUGUUCUCGGCAUGGGAGAACGAAGGGUAUUCUGAAAAUUUUGUAGACCCUCCGGCGACUGAAUCCUGGGAGGAAGCUGCCGACAAGCUACUACAGAUUUGUGAUGGGGACUGGAACUUGGUCGAGCAACGCAUUUGA